AUGUGGAUACUACCGCUGCUUGGAUAUGUCGGCGUUAUCCUGGGGUUCGCGUUCCUGACGCUUGCGAUAGCUUCCGGCCUGUACUACCUUUCUGAACUCGUCGAGGAACAUACCGUCUUCGCGAAGAAACUGCUCUAUCGCCUCAUUUAUGGCGUCGUCGGCAUACAAGUACUCCUUCUCGUGGUCGAUAGGUUCCCAAUUGGACUCAGCGCAUUGAGUGUCGUGUCGCAUUUCAUCUAUGCGCAGAACCUAAGGCGGUUCCCUAUCGUCAAGCUCACAGACCCACUCUUCUUGGCCUCUUGUGCUCUUGUAAUCGCGAACCACUACCUGUGGUUCCGCCACUUCAGUGCUCCACCGGCGAGCUCAUACUCCUCGUAUCCCUACUCCCGCGAUGCCAACAUCCCCACCUUCACCGAAAUCGCAUCCUACUUCGGCCUUUGCGUCUGGCUAGUCCCCUUCGCCUUGUUCGUAUCCUUGUCCGCCGGCGAGAAUGUUCUUCCCUCGAUGGGCUCGGAGUACGCGACCGGGGACGGUAGCACCUACAUUACGCCAGGAAAAGCACCAGAAUCAUACGGAAUUGGAUCAGGCGUUGGUGUCGGUGGAGCCAGUAGCAGUAUGGAGGGAAAGAGGAGGGCGAGAAGUGGAACAAACGCAGGCAUGGCGAAGGCUGUCGUCACUGGUGUCAGAGAGUGGGCAACAGUUCUAAACCCGCCAGAGUUCGUCAAUCUGCCGCCUCACUUCCAUCCUAUCCUCGUGGACCGUAUCGUCAAUUUCAUCUACACAUCGGACUACCUGGUCGUCCAGGACGGUACCAAGCAACUCAUUCAGAAGAACUUUAAAUUCUACCAUGCAACUGUAGUUCCAGAUAUCAACCCACCUACCGCCGCUACGACCGCUCUAGUCGACAUCCAUGACUGCACCUUCCAUCUGCACAUGUACGCUCUGGCCGAAGAGCUAGAAUACGACGCGCUGAAGUCAGCUGCCCACACCAAGCUCGUCCAGCUAUUCGUCAACGUGCGCAACGAAACUCCUUCCGCGAUCAAAGACGCCAUCAACGCUACCUUUGCCCCUCUGGGUAGCCCAUCGCGUAUCUGCAAAGACGGAGACGGUAUGUUGCAGCAACUCAUUAUAGCAGGCGUCCUCGCACACGAGUUCAAGACAUGGACCGAAGCAGAUCAAAAAGCAUUCAGCGACGACACCCAAGGUCCUGAGUACGCCGACUUCCGCAGCGCCUACAACAGGGUCAAGGGCGCGAACCAGGAUCUGAUUGAGAUCGGAGAUACUGCUAGGUCGUUGGCGGCGGAGCGCAAGGUGGGUAUGGAGCGUAGGAGGGCAGCUAAGAAGGCCGGUAUCGGAAAAGUGGAUCAGAGUAAGCUCAUGGUUGGAAGCGGCUCGCCGUUGGGCGUGUCGAGUGCGCGGCCUACAAAUAUGAAGGACAACUUCAAAAGACGUGUAGAGAAGCGGGGCGUUGGUGCGGUUGCAAAGGUGGAUGGAGAUGAGGAUAUGGAUAUGGAGGUUGACUAG